AUGGCGGCCCAAGCUUCGCGUAAUCCGAACUCCCUGAAGCUGGCCCAGGAUGUGCGACCGCCGAGCAUCACAAGCCGGAAACGAAAGAUGCGAAUGCCCGAACUACCACUCUUCACCGAAACGUCGGUCACGUCGCGCCGCCUCCCGGCCACUCGUGGCCAUGGUUCUUGCGUGGUGACGUUCGCGGCCGUGUUCCUGCUGCUCACGACGGCCACGGUGCUCUAUCUGCGCAUCCCGAUGCAGCAGCGUUCUCUGCGCGGCAAGAGACCCAUCAGCAACGCGCCUCUGGGAAGGUUCAGCAGCUGGGCUGCCAUCGUCGGCCACGAACGGUGCAACCAUGUGCCCAGGAAGAUUCUCAUCGAGAUGAAUGGCACCGCGGCCGACGCUGCCGUAGCUUCUAUGCUGUGCGUCUGCGUCGUGUUGUCCCACGCCUGCGGCCUCGGCGGCGGGUUUUUCGCUCUCCACUACAAGAACAAGACCCCGUCGGAGGUAAAGUUCGUGGACGCAUGGGAGACGGCUCCGCUGCAAGCUUCCGAAGCCCACUACGUCGCAUAUCACAACGACACCAUCUUCGGCGUGCGUUCGGCCGGUGUCCCUGGCCAAGUGAGCGGCUUCCGAGAGCUCCUGGAUGCGGGAGGGUCACGCUUGCCCUGGGCAGCGCUCUUCGAAGAAGCCAUCAAGGUGGCCUCGCAAGGAGCCCCCGUAACGACGGAGAUGGCACAGCAGCUGGCACGCCGACGGGCGCACGUCCUGGCGAACCCGGCGCUAAGGUCGCUGUACACGAAGAAAGGUCUAGACACCUUAGUCGGGCCGGAAGACGUGGUGGUCAACGAGCCCCUGGCUCGAACUCUCCAGAUUCUGGCCGCGAAAGGGAGCGGAGACUUCUACACCGGGAGCGUGGCCGCCGACCUCUUACGUGACGUGCGCACGUCAGACGGACUCUUGACGGAGCAAGACCUGGCCGAGUACCGUGCGCGCGUGGGCAAUGCUACCGGCAUGCAGCUGGGCAGAGUAAUGACCGUGUGGUCAGCCCCGCCUCCUUCGUCUGGCAUCGUGGUCAGCUUCAUACUGGCGCUGAUCAGCAGGUGCGAUGACGUCACAGUAUCUUCAUUGUUGUUUUGUUGUUUUAUUUAUUUAUUUAUUUAUUUAUUUAUUUAA